AAGCGCAGGCGGCACCAGUCUCGAUCCAACAGCACUCCGCGCCGCUCGCCCUUGCCCUGACAGGGAAAGCAUGAUACUACUUUACAACUAAAUCACGAGUGUCGCACAAACUUUAGACUUGUUACAUGAAAGUUGAAGGGAAGAAAACAGUGAGCAAGAUGCCGGAAGGAAUAGAGCCCGUGUCCAGAGUCAUCUACCGCGAAGUCACGCCGGAGCUGUCCCAGCACAUGUUGACGGAUGUGGACAAGCUGCCGGCAGUGCAGCUCGGCGACUUCCUGCUGCAGAUAGAGCUGGACGAACCGAGCGACACUUUCCGCGAGAUCGCGCGCAAGGAGCUGCGGGAGACGCCAGAAGUCACCGAGUCCGCCAUUGCUGAGCUCAGGAAACUUCUAGAAGCGGACAAAGAGUUACACGUGCCGCUGGAAAGUGACGCCUGGCUGGUUAGAUUUUUGCGACCGUGCAAGUUCUACCCUGAAAGUGCAUAUGAGCUGAUCAAGCGUUACUACGACUUCAAGGUGAAGCACGCGAAGCACUACGAUGGCCUGAUGCCCAGCAAAGAGCAGAACAUCUUUUACCAGGACAUCCUGGCGGUGCUGCCAACGCGCGAUCAGCUGGGCCGGCGUAUUCUUGUCGUCGAGUUGGGCAAACGCUGGAAGCCAAGUAAAUGCACGCUGGACGAGGCUUUCAAAGGCUGUGUUCUGUUCCUCGAAGCUGCAAUGAUGGAGCCAGUGUCACAGAUAUGCGGCGCGCAGGUCAUCAUGGACAUGGAGGGGCUGUCGAUGCAGCAGGUCUGGCAGUUCACACCGCAGUUUGCUAAGCGGCUACUAGACUGGCUUCAGGAAAGUAUACCUCUGCGAAUCAAAGGCGUGUUCAUAGUGAACCAGCCGUACAUCUUCAACAUGGUGUUCCAACUGUUCAAGCCGUUCCUCAAGGAGAAGCUGCGGUCGCGGCUGAUCUUCGUGGGCAAGGACUGGGAGCUGCUGCACAAACACGUGACCCCCAAGUGCCUGCCGGAGGCGUACGGUGGCACGCUCAGCAUCCCCAAGGUCACCGGCCCGCAGUGGCUGGAGCUGCUCAUGAUGUGUGAUAAGGAAUUUAGUGCCAUCGCAUCGUACGGGUAUGUGAAAAAGUAAUUGGUGUAUGCCUGGCAUCAAACGUGUAGUGAUUAUUGAUUAAAACUAUAAAACCAAUCGGACACUUAUUCGCUUAUAAUGUAAGCUGUGAAACGUUAGUAUGGCCCCAUUCCUUAGGUCAUAUUGUGUGAUGAUCAACGCGUUGAAAAAAUAAAAUUAUAUAGUAAAUAUUGUAAAUUAAUCAAGACAUCACAGAUGUCCGGAAGUACGUAGGAGGGGUUGUUUGUUCCGAAUUAUAUUUGGUAGUUGAAUAAAGUGCUUGAUAAGUACAAACAUAAUUAUCUAGAAGUUGCCUUAAUUAGAUACGAUGCAGUAAAUUUUACUCGCACUUACUAGUAUUAUAGGUAUAUUUUAUUUACGUACGAUAUUGCCGUGCUUGAUUCUAGCUUUUGAGUAUAAAUUUCGUUAACUACUUUACAAUUGCUCGCUGUUGAUCGACUUUUUGAAAUAUUUUUAGUUAUUAUAAUUAUAUUUGAUACAUUUUCGCAUUUAUAAUUUAAUUUAUCAUAAUUACAUCACAAUUAGUUAUGUGAAAAUAUAUUUCAAAUUAAAUGGCAAUUUCGUACAUAAAGCCGUAAUACUGUCUAGAACUUUAUAAGGACGAGGUCACCCCUCGACCUGCCUUGCCGCUAUGCAUUCCUGAAUUAUGGUUCUCUUGAACAUGUGCCAAUAAGACUGACUAAUUACUAGAUUUGUCUAUUCUAUUUCAAUUUCUUAUUGGUACUAACUUUCAAACCAUAAUUGUCUACGUUAACUACCUGUUUAUUGUUAUUCUAAGCCUACUAUUUGUGAUUUUUAUUGAUAAGUAUUUUUUUAUAUCGCGACAUUCACAGAGGUAAUGUUAGUGUUGAUAUCUAUUUAGAGAAGAUCACGUGGUUAUGUCACUCAUUUAUUCUACUGUAUAUAUACAAAUGAUAUUAUUAUAGUAUUCUGGGUCGUUGAUAGAAAACUGUGUAUUUACUUUAUCACUCAAUUUAAACAAAUAAUAAAGCAACACUGUGAUAAGUUAAUAUUUUAUGAGCCGAUGAUGACUUAAAUGUUUAAAUUGGUAAGUUCAUAUAAAUCCAUGACAGAGUAUCUUCUGUAAUUGUUAUUAGUAAAAUAUUAUAUAUUUAUGGAAUGUACACAUAUUUUUAGAAAUGCAAUUUAACAAGGAAUGUUUUUUGGAAUUCGAGUUCGGAAGUGAGACUAACUUUUUUAAAAAGGGAGAGUAAUUGUUAUUGUUUAUCUAGAAUUAUUUAAAAUAAUAAAACGAAGGUGCAUCCUU